AUGGCUGACCGUUCAGGCAGCAGAACAGUAUCUGCAGCCUCGACUGCGCACGUCUUGAAGCUCAGAGGACCGAGUAUACUUGACAAAUCCGUUGUACCCGUUCGUGCUUCAACGCUAGGUUCACUGGCCAGCGGAGUCAGUAUUGGCUCGGCCAGUCGUUCUUCUGCCGCUGCACAAGCCGAUGCACACCUCGUCGCACUCGCCAGCUGGCAGUUCCUCUUCAGCGCUAUCAUUUCCUACUCUCAGAACAGAGUCACGGGCAUUGCAGAAUUCGAGCGCAAGUUGAGCGCACUGGGCUACAGAGUCGGAGCCAGGUUGGCAGAGCUGCUCCCGCUCCGAGAAUCGCUGCCAAUCUCUACCUCUCGCACGGCCACCGGUCCAACACGUCAGACACGGCUCUUGCCUUUGCUGCUCUACAUUCACACCCAGGUGUACAAGUAUCUCUUCGGUGCACCGGCCACAGCGCUCGAGAAAUCAACGGAGAACCAGGACGAAUACAUGAUCACCGACAACGAUCCCAUCCUGACCCGAAGUAUCGAGAUUCCAAAAGACAUGAGCCAACUGAGUUGCAUGGCUUUCAUGGCUGGCCUCGUGGAAGCGAUCUGCGACGGAGGCAAUUGCCAAGCUCGUGUGACGGCUCAUAGCGUCCCUACGGACGCAUUUCCGAGGCGGACUGUCCUGCUCGUCAAGCUCGACGCGAGCGUGAUGGAGCGCGAGGCUAAGCUCGGCUAA